AGCACUGCUGUCAAAAUAAAUAGAAAAAUAUAAUUAAUUUUUCUAGUUGUGUCUCAGUGCCAAGAAAAUCCUGGAAAUUUAAUACUUUGUUAUAAAUUUUUUUUAUUUUUAAAUCGUCAUCAUCUGGAGUUCAUUCCUGAUAACCGUAUCAUUGUGAUUGCAGUUGCUGUCUAGAUAACAAUAAAAAUAUACAGCGACUGGAGUAAUUAUUUUACAAGUUAUCGCUGUUCUUUUACUGGUAAUUUAAAUCAAUUUAAGACUUCAAAUUGACACGUACCAGGAGGAAUAAUGGCACCGACUGUUCCUAGAACUUUAGCUAAACUUUAUGGAUAUGUUGACGAGCACAAAAAAGAAUAUAUUGAAACACUAAGAGAAGCGGUCGCAAUAAAAUCCGUGUCAUCAUGGCCGGAUGCACGGGGCGAAGUGGUCAAGAUGAUGGAGUGGAUGGAAAAAAAGAUGAAAGCACUGGGAGCAAGUACUGAGUUGGCUGAUAUUGGAAAGGAGAAGCUGGCUGAUGGCAGAGAAAUUCCAUUACCCCCGAUAUUAGUCGGCAGUCUUGGUAAUGAUCGUGGUAAGAAAACUGUCCUGAUUUAUGGACAUCUGGAUGUCCAGCCUGCGUUGAUUGAAGACGGCUGGGACACCGAGCCCUUUACUUUGGUGGAAAAAGAUGACAAGUUAUUCGGACGUGGUAGCACUGAUGACAAGGGCCCGGUUCUGUGUUGGCUGCAUGCUCUCCAGGGAUUCAAAGCUAUCGGAGAAGAUAUUCCUGUUAAUAUAAAGUUCGUCUUUGAAGGAAUGGAAGAAAAUGGCAGCGAAGGUCUUGAUGAAUUUUUAUGGUCACGUAAAGACUCAUUUCUCAGCGACAUUGACUACGUUUGUAUUUCUGAUAAUUACUGGCUUGGUACUACGAAGCCUUGUAUCACUUACGGGUUACGUGGACUCGCUUACUUUAAUGUCGAAGUGAGUUGCGCUAAAAGUGAUUUGCACAGUGGAACAUUCGGGGGAACUGUCCAUGAAGCGAUGGCUGAUUUGAUUUACCUGUUAAAUUCUCUGGUUGAUGUCAACGGGCGCAUUCUUAUCGAUGGAAUUUAUGACAAAGUUGAUAAGAUCACUGACGCUGAGCUCAAGAGCUAUCAGGAUAUUGAGUUUGAUGUUGACGAGUUCCGAGCUACUGUCGGGACCAGCAAACUCGCUCAUGAUGAAGACAAGAUAAAAUUGCUGAUGCACCGCUGGCGGUACCCAACGCUCUCAAUCCACGGAAUCGAGGGCGCGUUCAGCGAACCUGGGGCCAAGACGGUGAUACCAAGAAAAGUUAUUGGUAAAUUUUCUUUGAGGAUCGUGCCUAGUAUGACUCCUGAAGAAGUCGAGCCUAAGGUGAAGGCUCAUAUGGAGCGAAUUUGGUCAACUAGAGGCAGCCCCAAUGUUAUGAAAGUAUAUCUUGGUCAUGGGGGUAAACCCUGGACAGAGAAUCCUGACCACCCGCACUACGUCGCUGCUCGUACUGCCACCAAAUACGUUUAUGGAGUCGAUCCUGAUUUAUCUAGAGAAGGAGGAUCGAUACCCGUGACUUUGACAUUCCAGGAAGUUACUGGUAAAAAUGUAUUACUUCUGCCAGUUGGCUGUGGCGAUGACGGCGCUCAUUCGCAAAACGAAAAGCUCAAUAUUCGUAAUUACAUCGAAGGGACCAAGCUGUUGGGAUCUUAUCUCUACGAAGUCUCGCGUCUUUAAUAAAAAAUUUUUUUGUUUUUUAUUUUAUUACUAUAAAUAAAAAAUACUUACGGUGUUAAUGGUAGAAUCAGGGUAAAUUUCGCUAUGACUGAUUACAUAGUUUACUUUUUAUUAACUUUGUUAAUAAUUACCGUAUAUAAAUAUAAAAAAAUAAAUUCAUACAUUUAUCUAA